UUCCAUUUUAAUCUAGCAUAGAGCAACAGCACUGUAACAGCAUAGCCUCUGCUAUUCUAAAGGCUAAAAAGGAAAGAGACAGGGACAUCAAAAAGAGAGCCUUCUAGAUUUUCAGGUUUUAUCAUCAUUGCAGCCUUGUUCUAUGCUCAAGUGGAGGAGCCAUGGAUCUGUCUGAGUUGGUGAGAAGCCAUCCCAAUCUUGUUCUGGCUCUGUGCUUUGGGGCAGGAUUUUCAGCUGGACUGUUGCUGAAAAAGAUUCCAUUUCUCUCAGCAACUGCUGUUCGGCAGAAUGCAAGUGCAAAUGCUGCCCAGGGAGAUGCUUCUGUGAAGGUGUCGGGAGAUUACAAAAUGAUCCUUGUUGUCCGUAAUGACUUGAAAAUGGGCAAAGGAAAAAUUGCUGCACAGUGCUCCCACGCGGCAGUCGGUGCCGUGGAAAAGCUGGCCUAUUCCAACAUGGCGGCUCUCCGACACUGGCAGAAACAGGGUCAACCCAAGGUAGUGGUCAAAGUGGAAGACGAAGCAGCUUUCUUUGACAUAGUGAGAACGGCACAGAAAGAAGACGUGAACACGUGCCUGAUCAGUGAUGCUGGCCGGACACAGAUUGCCCCGGGCUCUAAGACUGUACUUGCCGUUGGACCAGGACCAAUCCCAAAGCUGGACAAGCUUACCGGUCACCUCAAGUUGUUAUGAUGAUGUUUGUUGAAUAUUUGUUUUUCCAUUUCACCAAUAAACUAAUGCCAUAACUAAAAACCCACCA